UUUUCGGGUGAUGUAGACAUCGCCUUUUGCCAAAAUCCUGGUUUGCAAUGGCAGCGGUCGUCAUUAAAAAGACAACUGGGUUGACCGGUCUAGCAGUACACCGAAAUCCACACCAUGUACUGACGGUGCUGUAUAAUAAAAUUCUACGCUCACUGGGAAAAAUUCCACAGGAUGCACCCUACCGAUGCAACACAGAGCAGAUAGUCAAAGAGCGAUUUCAACAUGUCAAAACUGAACUAGAUCCAGUCAAACUGGAACAGAAAAUAGGAUGUGGCCAGUUGGAAGAAGUCAUUAAACAGGCAGAAAAUGAAUUGCUUCUAUCCCGUCAGAUGGCACACUGGAAACCAUGGGAGCCACUUUUGAAGGAGGCCCCUAAAAAUCAAUGGAAAUGGCCUAUUUGAAUUAGAAAUACAGUUACAAUUGAAUAAUAUGCUGGUAGAAGCAAUAUCUAAAUAGUUAUAGUCGGAUAGAAUGCAGCCGACUACUAUCUACCUACUAAUAAUAGUGCAAGCAGUGAAACCUAGGUUGGAAUUUAGGUAGGCCAUUUAAUGCUAUAUUGACUUAGCACUGUACUAUGUUUCUCCAGCAACCAUCUUGGUUCGCAACCACUUUGCCAAUGAUUAUUACCCCUGUUUGUGGGUUGCUGGCAUAUGGCCAAUAUGCAGCUUGUAUGUGGCAUAAACUGCCGAUAGAUUAUUCAAAUGACCGUCAGGCUUGCUGUUCUCAUAAAAAUAUACACAAUUGUAUAAACUACCCAGUUUUUAUUGGUUUUCAACAUUUUUAGGAUGAAACAAUGGUAACCAAUUUUAUUUAUUCACAAUAACAGAUUCAAGUAUCACCAUUUGACUUCAUGUUUAAAACAUGAACGCAGAUUGAGAUGUUAGUCAUACAUUUGGUAUGAUUCAGAUGACUUGUUUAAUGAUAAUUUCAACCGAGAUAUGUAUGAAUGAAUCUAAAAUAAACUACAAUUGUUGUACGUUAAUAUA